GAAGAUCCAACGAACAGGAAGGAGAUAAACCGAGCAAAAGAGACCGCGACACAGGUCUUUUGCAGAAGAAAAAAUGAACAGCAACACGAGGACAGGAAGAAGCAGCCUGCUACUCCUCCCAAACCGGUAACUUGUGAAGAUGUGGUUGCUAUUACAUAUGUUGCAUCUAGAAAUUUAAAGGACAGUGUCAGUCAAUGUUUGAAACUACAAAAUGACUUCCACUAGGGUGUAAUCUUCUUUGUACACCACAGACACUGAACCAGAUGAUACAUUGAUUGUUUUGAGUGAAAUGUCAACCCAUCUUCUCCCAAAGCUCUGUACUUGUUUUCUCAUUCAUCUCCUUUGCCUUUUUCUUUGUCUCCAGACAACAACACGGACCCUGGAUGUUAUUGGGGAAAUUAGCUCGUGGACUAACCUCCCCCAGCAAGACCUGGUCCACCUAGACUGCAGGUCUAGGUGGAUCCCACCCAAUGAAGAGGGGGAGUACCCUGAAACAUUUGAGUGCCCCUACAGGGGAUGUUUGGAAACUUUUUCUAGAGCUGAGGACUGUGGUACUCAUGUCAGUAUAGUGAACCACCCCAAGACCAAUCAGGGGGAUGGGAAUAAUUGGAUUUGCGCAGGUACUUUAACAGGAAAGACGAGGUUCCAGGGAGCAGGGAAAGUCGGUUUUAUAGCCUGCCAUUCAGGCAAGCUGUAG